CCUUCUUCAAGUGGAUAUCAACAGUUCAAAACGAAUCCAAAAAACUUCAAGCGAACGCAGAACCGACCACCGAGAUUGAAAGGAAAAGAAAGAGAGUGGAGGAAGCUCCAUAGGCGGAGAAGCGGCAGAGACGCGAGGUCGAGGAGCAACAGAUUUCGUUAAUGGAGGAAACCACAUCCUCUAUGGAGGGACCUUACCCUGGUUGCAGGAGUUUUAUCAGGAAAGCAUUCUCAAAAAGAAAUAUCCCUAGUAAAACAGUACACGGAAUAAUGGCCUCUGUCACUACCAGUACUUUCAAACAAUAUGAUGUCUGGUUCAGAAAAUGGUGGGAUUAUUGUGCGGAACAUCAACAAAACCCUAUCACUAGUUCGCUAGAAAACAUCAUAAAUUUUCUCGACCUCCAAUUUCAACAGAAUAAGUCAUUUUCUUUAAUUAAUAGCUGCAAAUCGGCUAUCAGUUUUUUCAUGCCUAUGAAACAAGAAGAUGAAACUAUCAUCAGAAGAUACAUUAGGGAAAUUUAUAAUCACAAUCCUUCUAAACCCAAGUAUGAAGACACUUGGGAUCCCCAUUUUGUACUUAGCAAACUAAAACUCUGGCAACCUUCAAAAGAUCAAUCACUAGAAAAAUUGACUCUAAAAAUGGUUACUCUGUUAGCCUUAGUUACCACACAUUGUGUUCAAACCCUAACAAAAAUAAAAUUGGAAAAUAUUAAUAUCCAUGAUAAUGUUAUGAAUAUCAAAAUUGCUGAUCGGAUCAAAACCAGUGGACCCAAAAAACCACAGUCAAUCCUCAACAUUCCAUUUAAUUUGGAAGAGCCUGAACUUUGCCUUGCCUCCAUAAUUGGAAAAUAUAUAGAAAUAACAGAGCCUCUCAGACCUCAUAAUGAGACUCGCUUGAUAAUCACCUACAAAAAACCGUUUCACGCCGCCACAGCCCAGUCUGUGAGUCGUUGAAUCAAAACAACAUUGAAGAUGUGUGGUAUUGAUACCGAUAAAUAUGGGAGUCACAACACCAGGCAUGCUGCAACUUCUGCAGCCUAUAGGUCCGGAAUGAGCAUUGCAGAAAUCAGGAAAAAGGCAGGCUGGAGCGAGAAAUCAAAUACUUUCAAUACUUUCUAACUGGCAUGUUUACAAAAGACUGAAAAUGAGUAAAAAUUGAAUGACUCCACAAAUAUUCUGUUGUAAAUAUUGUCUAUUGUAUUACUUUAUAUGGAAAUAAUUUAUCACAUUAUGCGAACGCUACAA